AUGGAUAGCACUGCAGAAGACCUGGCCAGCUAUCUCGUGCAGCAACUCAAACUUAAAGCAGUGGGAGAGAGGCUCUUGGUUGCCAUCGCCGGCGUCCCCGCGUCUGGCAAAUCAACCCUUGCUGAGCUGGUAGUCGCCAAAAUCAACGCACUUCUGGCUGCUGAUAGCGCCACGCAUCCUACCUCUGCCAUCUUAGUUGGCCUGGAUGGGUGGCAUCUGACGCGUGCACAGCUAGAUGCCAUGCCGGAUCCUAGACUUGCACAUGAUCGUCGCGGUGCACACUGGACUUUCGAUGGACCAUCUUACGUCGAGUUUGCGAAGCUCUUGCGUCAGCCAGCAACUGCUGUGAUAACUGCCCCUUCUUUCGAUCAUGCCAUGAAAGAUCCUACCCCCCACGCUGUGUCAAUAUACCCUUCCCACCGCCUGGUCGUGAUUGAGGGUGCACAGCUAAUGGAUGAACGGUGGUGGGUACAGGUAGGUUUGGAGGAAGCGAGACGGCGGUUGGUCAAAAGGCACGUCCUCACAGGAGUGGCUAAAGAUAUGGAAGAGGCGAUCUGGAGAGCAGGACAGAAUGAUGAGCCAAAUGGGAAAUUUAUUGCGGAAAACCUUUAUCAACCCACAAGGAUCAUCGAGAGCUUGGACGACCCCAAAUAUACCCUUUGA